GGCCUAGAUCUAACUAUUGUUAUAUUAAUAUACAAGAGCUAUACUAUAUGAGGUUUAGUAUAAAUCCUGGGCUCGUGGUAGCUCACUGUCACUGAGCAUUGACGGGAGGUACCCCGCGAAUGAUCUUUCUUUCUGGGGAUUUGACACCAUUAGACUACGUACUAAAUUCAUGAUCCAACUGCCUAUAGCUAAUGUCACUUAGAAAUGAAGGAUCAAGGAUUACAGGUGGUCUGUUUCUGGAGAACAACACACCGGACCGAUCAAUCAGACCGGCACAUCCUCGUCCCGUCUGGAGCCCGAGGGUAAGGGGGCUGGACCCUGCUGGUCAUGCCACGGCCGGUCGAUGGUACCUUGGUUCUCCAAAUGUAUAAGAACAAAGAGACUACCUGAUGCUCGAAAUCCUUCUCGCUCUACAUGAACUGAUACAGAUUUCGCCCUUUACCUAAUCCUUUCGGCUCCCACAACGGCUUUUAAGCACCAUCAAACCAUGAUCGGCGUUCUUGGAGCCUCCGGUACGAUUGGCAGCUUACUGGUAUCGAAGCUGAGUGGUCAAGGACAUGCAACUCGUGCGCUUGUUCACCACUUCAAAGGGGCAACUCAGCUUGCUCUUCCUCAUGUGGAGGUCCAAAUUGGAGACUACAGCAACGAUGUCGACCUCCACAAAUUUCUCGCGGGCUUGGAUCAGCUAUUUCUGUUAACAGCACCGUCAGAAGAACAGCUUGAAGUCGAGAACCAUAUCAUCGACCUGGCGAAAGAUGCAAGCGUAAAAGGCAUUACCAAAUUAUCCGCCUGGACAGCCGCAGAAGACUCGCCCUUGUUGCUCAGUCGGCAGCAUCACGCCAUAGAAGUUUACCUUGCUGCGAGUGGAAUCCCGUAUACCAUCUUGGAGCCCCACACAUUUAUGCAGACUACAAGCAUGACUUUCUCUGACGAGAUUGGUCGUAACAGGACCAUGACCUCUUCCGUCACAUCAGAAGCUGGUAUAUUCAUGGUGGAUGUACGUGACGUUGCCGAGGUUGCAGCCGCUGUUCUCACCCAUGCGCAACACCGCGGUGAGACUUUGGUCAUUCACGGCCCCGAAGCACUCUCAUAUGUGGAUUGUGCCAGUCUGAUCUCCAGACAUCUUGACCGGGAGAUCCGAUACCAUCUGGUUUCCCACUCUGAGGCCAAGGAACGAUUUCUGAAAGCUGGAAUGGGAGAAUUCCUAGCCGACACACUCACCACACUCUCCCAGAUGUACAACUCCGGUAGAUACGAGCCUGCGUCAAAUACAGUUAUUGAGGAUUGGGCUGGACACCGUCCGCGAACAUACCAAGACUUCCUGGAAGAGUGUCCUGAUGCUUUUCAGUGAGAGAAAUCAUGUCAUUGGACUUAAGACUGUAUAACGUUGAAGAGUUACAUAGUUCAUCUUUGCAACGUACUUGCCCGUAGAAAGGUUCAUUCCCGCAGUCAAAGUUUGAAUCUUUUACACAAUCCAAACUGUUAAACCGUCUCUUCGUGAGAAGGCCAGCCAUCUUUCGACC